GACAAUAGAUUAUUUUUAAAUGCAUAAGAAUUCGUUCCCUUUAACGUAGAAGAGAUUGCAAGAGGAAUAUGCUCAUUCAAGUUGAUAGUAAAAGUCGCGUCCUUCGGACGCACCAAGCGCGUAAGUUCCUGCGGGGUGGGCGAGGGACGCCAUGACAGUCGUCGUAUUUUCUGUUAACCGCGAGCACGUAGGCAGAUCCGAAGAUUUUCGUGAAAUUACGUGGCACGUCGGUAUCGAACAGGACCGAAUUUGGUCCUAUGUUAUUCCGUUUUCGACGGCGUACACUUGGAUGAUAUUGUUGAAGCGGAGGGCGAGGGAGCGUGGCCAUUAUCGAGGAUUUGCUUGUGGGCAUCCGUGGCGAGGUGAGACGUCGAGAGGCGGCGAAAGGCGUCCCCCCUGCGUCGGGACGCGCGUCUCCCCGUGCACGGGACGGCCUAAGGCCGUAAGAGCGAGAUGCCCGAGCCGCCGACGGCAUCCUUUACCACGAUGAAAAGUGAAUUAUGUCAGAAGCACUUAAUUGGUAGCCUUCAGUGAACGAAGAUGAACAGCGAGCAGCAUGCAUUGCCAGCGACUACGCAGGCUCAACAAGAGGAUGUAAACGCGGGUCAAAGUGGUCGUCCUUCAUACCCAGGUGGUUUGGCUACUUCGACUGGCCUUGGCAAUGUGGGGAAUACCCCUCAUUCAUCCGCGGACCUGCGUGUAGGUACAGCUGUAGCGUUAGCCUCCUCGGUAGCUAAGUAUUGGGUCCUGACCAAUCUGUUUCCCGGACCGCUACCUCAGGUCUCAGUCUACCACCAUUCCCACCACAACUCCUCUCAUAGGAGCGGUGGAAGUGGGGAGGCAUCUUCCAAAGAGCCAGCCUCCUCGUUGAAUCAGGAAAUGGCAUUGAACUCCAGCUCUCAUCAUCAAUCAACUUCUCAGUCGGCUCAUCAUCACCAUCAACAACCUUCAGUUAGCAGUAGCAACCAUCAUGGCUCUAUGCAGUCCAACUCUCAGAUUCCAGUUUCUCUUCCUGGCCUUAAUCUAGACGCCCAUAUCCCGACGAGCGUUAGUCACUUGCAGGCAGCACACGCGCAAAUGCAACAACAAAUGCAGGCACAACAGCAGCAGCUGCACCAGCAGCAGCAACAGCAGCCACAGCAGCAGCAACAACAGCAGCAGCAAUCUCAUCACCAAAUGCAGAAUCAUCAAAAUGCACAGAACAGUGGACCGACCUCACAUAACCAGAACACCCAAAGGGAUGACAACAAAGUCAAGGACGAAGGUGGCAGCUGUACCACCGAGCGCUGUAGCGAUAAUCAGGUUCACUGUCAAGUUCAAUGCGAUCUUCAGUUACAACCACCGCAAGACUUACAACAGAGCUUAAUGCAACAGCAGCAGCAGCAACAGCAGCAGCAGCAGCAGAUUGGCGUGAAUAUAAGCGGGAAUUCGUCGACUGAGGGUAGCAGCCAAAAUAAUUCGGAAAAACCGGAGAAGGAGAAGGAGUUGCGGCAGCUUAAUAUGACGCAAUUUCAAGUUCCAGACUUAAAACCAGGCGGUCAUAUGAUGGACGUAAGAACAGCCGAUGGUUCAGUAGUCAAAAUAAGUGCGGGGAAUGAACAAGACUUAGCUAAAACACUGGGUGUUGAAAUGGUACAAAACAUGUACAAGGUGAAUGUCGAAGAUAUUAACCAGCUUUUAGCGUAUCACGAAGUUUUCGGCAAAUUGCAAAGUGAAAUUGCGGCCGGUACUACUUUAGUAGGUAGUACGGUUCCUACGCAAACAGUUACCACGAUUCAAAAUGGUACGCCAAUAGUGCAGCAAGUUCAGUUGAAUAAGUUUGACAUAAAGACUAGCGAUGGUGAAGCUACGCCGGGUCCAAGUGCAUCGCCAGUUUCGGUCGGCAGUCAUGCUUGUGAGAUAUGUGGAAAGAUAUUCCAGUUUCGUUACCAGCUUAUAGUACAUCGUAGAUAUCACACAGAAAGAAAACCAUUUACAUGUCAGGUUUGCGGGAAGGCAUUUUCAAACGCUAACGAUCUAACGCGUCACGGAAAGUGUCAUUUGGGUGGAUCGAUGUUUACGUGCACUGUAUGUUUUCACGUCUUCGCGAAUGCACCUUCGUUGGAACGGCAUAUGAAAAGACACGCUACUGACAAGCCUUACAACUGUACGGUGUGUGGCAAGAGUUUCGCAAGAAAAGAGCAUUUAGAUAAUCACACCCGAUGCCAUACAGGCGAAACACCAUACAGGUGCCAAUAUUGCUCGAAGACAUUUACCCGAAAAGAACACAUGGUAAAUCACGUGCGCAAACACACUGGUGAGACUCCACAUCGAUGUGAUAUUUGCAAGAAGAGCUUUACUCGCAAAGAACACUUUAUGAACCAUGUUAUGUGGCAUACAGGAGAAACCCCCCAUCAUUGUCAAGCCUGCGGCAAGAAGUAUACGCGCAAAGAGCAUCUCGCUAACCACAUGCGUUCACACACCAAUGACACCCCAUUCCGCUGUGAGAUAUGCGGUAAGUCGUUUACGAGGAAGGAGCACUUCACGAACCACAUAAUGUGGCAUACGGGUGAGACGCCGCACCGCUGCGACUUCUGCUCGAAGACGUUCACUCGAAAGGAGCAUCUUCUCAACCACGUUCGCCAGCACACGGGUGAGUCUCCACACCGAUGCGGCUUCUGCUCCAAAUCGUUCACCAGAAAGGAACACCUUGUUAACCACAUCCGCCAACACACAGGGGAGACGCCCUUCCGCUGUCAGUACUGUCCAAAAGCAUUUACGCGGAAGGAUCAUCUGGUGAACCACGUCAGGCAGCACACGGGUGAGUCACCGCACAAGUGCCAGUAUUGCACCAAAUCCUUCACGAGGAAGGAACAUUUGACCAAUCACGUGCGUCAACAUACAGGCGAAUCGCCACAUAGAUGCCACUUCUGCUCGAAAUCAUUUACUCGUAAGGAGCACUUGACGAAUCAUGUACGAAUCCACACUGGCGAAUCUCCGCACAGAUGUGAAUUCUGUCAGAGAACGUUCACCAGGAAAGAACAUCUCAAUAAUCAUCUCCGUCAACAUACCGGAGAUUCUUCUCACUGUUGUAACGUCUGCUCUAAACCAUUUACAAGGAAGGAACAUCUCGUAAAUCAUAUGCGCUGUCAUACUGGUGAACGUCCAUUCGUAUGCACGGAGUGCGGCAAGAGUUUCCCAUUGAAGGGUAACUUGCUCUUCCACAUGCGUUCGCAUAACAAAGGAAGCAACGCCGAGAGACCAUUUCGUUGCGAUCUCUGCCCUAAGGACUUCAUGUGUAAAGGGCACUUGGUCUCUCACAGACGAUCCCAUUCGGACGAACGUCCACACAGCUGUCCAGAUUGCGGCAAGACGUUCGUCGAAAAAGGAAAUAUGUUGAGACAUUUACGAAAACAUGCAUCCGAAGGCCCGCCAACGCAAGUCAGCACACCUUCUGCUAUUCCACAAUCUGGAGUUUUACCUAUACCAACCGCUGCAGUUUUGGUUGGACAUCAAUUAGCACCACCAGCUCCACCAGUUGUCCCACAACAUACCGUAGUUGUACCAACGCCACCCGGAGUUCUAGCAUCCUAUUAAAGUCAAUAUUAAUCAAAGGAAAACAAGAAGAAAAAGAAACUCGUAACGACGAUGGGGAACUUUCUCAAGGUUUUUGUUAUCAGUGUGUUGUUGUUUAAUCGACAAAUAAUGAGAUGCUGUAUUCCAGAUGUACAUACAGUACUAUUCAGCAAACUUUUAAGCUAAUGAUGAUGAUUACAAAAACGCAGUACUCUCUCACACCUUCUAGCUCUUUCUAUCUAGAAAAGUGUCGUUACGUGUUAAAUAUUAACUCGAAAGCAGCUAAAUAAUUAUACCCUCGUUUAUUAAAUGAGGGUUGGCCGAACUAUCAAACCGAGAAGAGAAGAAAAGUAUAUGCGAUUCGUGGUUUUUUUUUUUGAUAAAUCUGAAUGAUUUUUCAAUACUUUUCAAAUACAUUUUGUAUGUUAUCGGCGAUAGAUUAUCCAAAGUUUGAAUUUGUUUUUAAAUAUAUAUAUAUCUUUGUAUGAAAGAUAUACGAUAGAUUUAUAAGAAUAGAUAUAUAUAUAUAUAUAUAUACUUUACAAUUUCGUAAUUAGAUUUUUGUGCAAAUGCAGUGCUCUGAAUUUCUUCUUUUUCUUCUUCUUCUUCUUCGUAAUUCGUCGAUGCUCAUAAGACAAGUAAUUUAUUAAGUAUCGAUCGAAACUUUUCUACAACGUAUUUCAAUUCUAAAGUUAUUAAUUAUCCGUUCAAAUGGCCACCAUUUUGUUUGUUUAUUGUGCAAGAAGAGAGAAGAAAAGGGAAAAGCUAUAUCGUGAUAUGUAUUAUCUUAUAUUUGUACCUAUCAAACAUCUAAAAAGAGAGUCAGUCAUUCUUAAAAAUAGGCCACCAGAAAGAUGGGCCGUUACUGCCACUUCAAAAUCAAAGAAAAUAAUUAGACCAUCUCGAUGAUAAUGAGCUUGUUAAAAUGCAAACGAUUAUCGUUAUGCUGUAUUUUUAUUUUAUUUUAUUUUUUUUUCGUCUUAAAUAAAACGACGAGAAAUUAAGAUAUCGGUUAAUGUAAUAUUUUUGAUUAAGGAAAAUAAAAAGAAGUAAGAAACUAAAUAAGGAAAAUAAAUAGACAAAUUAAUGUUAUUUUUUACGUGAAUGAACAUCUUAAAAGUGACAUUAAUAAAAGAAAAAAACAAAAAGAGGAAAUAAUAUGAGAAGAAACGGUCCUACUAACGGGAUAUAUUUCACAUGGAUUUAAAAAAGAGAUAAAGUUUAUGGUUUGAUAUAUAAACGCAUAGAAUAUAAAAGGAAGGAAAUAAAAAAGAAAGGAAAAUAAAAAGCAAGUGGAAGGAUAUAUAUUUAUGACUACACAUUGUUUUCAAAAUGGGAGAUAAAAGGAGAACAAUGAAUUUAUUACGCGCGCGCGGUGAAAUACGUUUUAUAAGCGUGUAAUACAUUUUAUACGAAUUUAAAUGGUAUAUAUUCGGAUUAAAUCCGGUAUGGUAUAUAUAAGUAACACUUAGAGGUACCUAUUGUCUGGGGUUAGAGGUUUAAGGAAUAUUUUCGUUAGUUUUAAACUAUGUUGCGAGAUCGAGUGCAAUACAGCUAACCCUUUUUCCGCUUUAUAUAAAUCCAUACAUAAAUGCAUACAUAUGUACACACUUCCAUGCAUAUGAAUCCGUUACAGUAAAAUCUUCUCUUUCUCUUUCUCUCUUUCUCUCUCUCUCUCUCUCUCUCUCUCUCUCUCUCUCUCUCUCUCUCUCUCUCUCCCCCUCCUUUUAUUGGAAAAUAUGAUUUCAAGCGAGUAAAUUUAAAACCGAUUAACAAAGGUCCACAACUUAAUUAAGUUUUACAUGGGGAAUAGACUUAUAAUUAAAAAUAUAUAUAUAUAUAUAUAUAUA